UGGCUAGGAGCUAGAGGGAGCACCAUCGCAUCCUUCGGAGCCACAGUACCGUUACCGGUGCCUCUCAGCUCGGAGAAAGGCAGCGAAACGCCAGAAGCCGCUUGGAGUAGCUUCAUUCACACGGGUCCUAAGAACUAUAUAAAGAUUUUUUAAUUUAAAGAUGAAAUAAAUACGUAUAUUUUUUAUUUCAUUUCUAACAGCAUCACAACAUUCGCAAUCUCAAAAUGGCUGAGAUAACCAAUUUGAGACCGACGUAUGAUGUGUCUCCCGUGCUGGCAGGCUUCAUUGGGGCCGGCGUCCUGGUGGCGGUGGUGGCCGGUGCCAUCUUCCUGUGGACCUUCUGCCAUCGGCGCUAUCGGCGUCUGACCGGCAGCUACAAGAUCCAUGGCGGCCACUCGGACGCCUGCGACGCCGCACCCGACCCCCCCUACAAGUUCAUCCACAUGCUCAAGGGCAUCAGCAUCUACCCAGAGUCACUUAGCAACAGCAAGAAAAUAGUGCGGGUGGGCCGGCGCCCCGGAGACCGGGGGGAGCGGGCCGGGGAAUGGGGGCGGCCCGGCAGCACCCACGGGGGUAACGGUAACGUGCUCCUGGUGGAUGCGGCCGAGAGUGGCCUGCUCGAUGGCGCCGCCCUGCAGAUGAACCGACUGGUCCCCAGCGAACAGCCCCGGCUGGAGAGGGAACUGCCCAUCCGGGCCGACUACUGCAGCCUGGACAGCAGCAGCUCAGCUAGCAGCAGCUCAGCCAGCAGCAAGACGGCCACGCCCUUCACGCCGGCAGAGGAGCCCAAACUGGGCACGCUCAGUCUGGUCGUGGACUAUAACUUCCCCAAGAAGGCGCUGGUGGUCACCAUCCAAGAAGCGCGUGGGCUCCCUCCAGUAGGCGAGCAGGCGGGCAAUGCCGACCCCUACGUCAAGAUGACCAUCCUGCCCGAGAAGAAGCACCGCGUCAAGACCCGUGUGCUGCGCAAGACCCUGGAUCCCGUCUUCGACGAGACGUUCACCUUUUACGGCGUGCCCUACAGUGGCCUCUCUGAGCUGGUGCUGCACUUCCUGGUGCUCAGCUUUGACCGCUUCUCCCGUGAUGACGUCAUCGGCGAGGCUGUGGUGCCCCUGGCUGGCGUGGACCCCAGCACCGGGCGUGUGCAGCUCACCCAGCAGAUCUGCAAGAGGAACAUACAGUGUGUGAGCCGUGGGGAGCUGCUGGUGUCCCUGUCCUACCAACCCGUCACCCACAGGCUCAGCGUCGUGGUGCUGAAGGCCAAGCACCUGCCCAAGAUGGACAUCACAGGCCUGUCUGGCAACCCAUAUGUGAAAGUGAACAUCUUUUACGGCCGUAAGCGCAUCGCCAAGAAGAAGACUCACGUCAAGAAGUGCACGCUCAACCCCAUUUUCAACGAGUCUUUCAUUUACGACGUGCCCGCUGAGCUGCUACCUGACAUCUCAGUGGAGUUCCUGGUCGUCGACUUCGACCGCACCACCAAGAACGAGGUGGUGGGCCGCCUGGUGCUGGGUUCACACAGCCCCUGUUCCUCUGGCGCCCUCCACUGGCGGGAGGUCUGCGAAAACCCCCGUCGGCAGAUCGCCAAGUGGCAUAACCUCACUGAGUACUAGUGUAAGCCCAUCCCCCACGCUCACACUCACAUACAAAAGCUCAACUUUCAGAGAAAUAUUUUUUCUCACCUUACAAUCUUAUUUUAAAACAUUCAUAUGGAAAAAAAAACCUUUACGGGACUUGUACAGUGAACUGUUCUUUGUGCCGUUAAUAAUGAUUAUGCGAUUCUGUUAAAUUAUUGCAGGAAUUUUGUUCAAAGAAAAAAAUUAAUAUACUGAAAUUGUGCAAAAACAUUGGGGAAAAAAUAAGCCGAUUGAAUGUGAAUAACCAAAAUACACAGUGCUGUGUUUGUAUUUGUUCUUUAUGAGGUUAAAUGUUCGCAGCAAGAUGGAAAGAAUUAGCCCCCCGCAGAGUUCACACAAAAAGACUGUGACCUGUCAGAAUUCAUGCCCCUCUUUCUCAUUCAGUUCCUCUUCCGUAGGUUGUAUGUUGGUGGUAUAUACAGUCAAAUUAUUGCAUGUCUUAAUAAUUAAGAAAACAACGGCACAAGUGCAAAUAACUGGAACUAAACCAGACAAAUAACCCAUUAUUGAAGUGUCCAGUUAUUUUUAAUGGAUAUUCAAACUGGUCACAUUAAUAAAAUAAGGUUAAAAAACAGAUCUGAAACACAAAUCCUCCUAGAGCAAUACAGUCUGCGAGAACGGUAAUGGGUUACUUGGAAAAAAGUGCAUCUUCAAAUGGGAAAAUACUGUUAUUCACAUGAUGAUGAUGACGAUGACGGUGACAUUUUAUUUUUUGUUUUUUGAGGAUGGCAUUGUGCCUCCCCCACUAUGACUUAUAUAAUUUGACGAUACCGUGAAUGUUUUAAGGCAUUGUGCAUACAGCAGAUUUCAUGUUUCCAUGUUUACGCACAAAACCCAUGUGGACGGACGGGACUCCAGUCUACAGGAUUAAACCGGAGAUAUUCUGAUAUAGGUAGCGCAUGAAAGUAGAACGAAAUGUAUGUGUGCAAUAGGUUGUAAUUAAACUUUAACCUGUACUUUUCCCGUA